UCAAGGGGGAGGCCAGAACGAGAGUUCCCAUGUUUCGUUUUGUUGCCUUUCAUGUUUCCUCUCCAAUCAGCCGUGAGCGGGCGUUUUAAAAGGCGUUUCCUUUCCUGUAGUUCACUGCAAAAACAAUGAAACCCUUUGAAGGGAGAGAAAUUUUAAGACCGUUAUAGACAUUUGAAGACAGAUAGACAGGACAAUGCGCUGUGCCUUCUCCUGUGUUUUUUUUUACGUCAGUGCCUGUGACACGUAGCUUGAGUACACUAUUUCGUCAACUUCAAAGCCACAACGAUUUAUGUUGAAUCUCUUAUUUCGAAGGGCAAAACAGAAUUAAUUUUAGAAAUGUUCGUUGACUUAUUAAGGAUUUAAAUAGCAUGCUGUAAAAUAGUAAGAUAUUUUGUUUAGACGCGCGACAGUCGUAAACCGUAGCCUAUUGCCAAGCAAUAGAAGUUGAUGCAAGCAAAUUGCCGUCGGCAGAGUUGAUUGGUCAUUGGGAAGUUACCCGACGUGGAGGAUCGAUUGCAUUCAAGGAAGGACACCACUAUGAGUUGGAAAUUAAGUUUAACUACAGUUCUGCAAACUCGUCGCGCAGUAGGCAAAAAUUGUUUGGGAGCGGGUUGUUUAUCUUGUUUUUAAGGACUUUUUUGUAAAGCAAUGGUGGGCAGACUAAACUUGCUGAAUGUAUGUGACGACGACCCAUUGGACAUGAGCUGCAAAGCCGAGCGGGGACUUGACAGCCCGGACUCCGGACUACCCCCCAGCCCCAGUCCGAGCCAUUGGCUGCUGCCUGACUGCAGGGAUAAAGGUGCCAUAAGCCCGGUGUCUGAAGACGAGAGCAGAGGGUCAUCCUUGGUUCCCAUUUUAUCGAUUGGAUCUGUUCCUCGGCUGCACACCUUGUCCUACGGGGAGGGCAUAGUACUUGAUCCACUACUGACCAAGGAAAUACGAUACACAUCGUCUGUCCACUAUGACUCAGAGCGUCACUUUAUCCAUGACAUGGCCAUGCAGCCCAGAGGUCUGGGUCUGGAGAACUGCAGCCAGAUGGUCCUGGCUGUCCCUCACAGCACCUGGAGACACUACAAGACCCAGCUGGACUUCCAGCCUCGCCAACGGGCCCAGCGCUUCCAGAGCACCACCAUCGUCUACCCCAAGCACGCUCGCACCAUCUACACAACCGAGCUGAGCUACGACAGUCGCCGGCUUGCCAGGAGAUUCAUGUCGCGGGUGGAGCUGGAGGCUGCUGACCGGAGUAGGCUACCCCAGUAGGUUAGGGGAAGGCUGGGCACGGCAUGGGGGAGAAUUCCCUGGGCCCUGUGGGGCCCAACCAUCCACCAGGCUGACACCACCCAUGGACCCAGUUUACAGACAGUCAUCUAUUGGUUUAGAUUGGAAAGCAUUGUAGCCCACGUUUUGAGUACCAGUCUCAAGAAGAGGGAGGAAUCUGAUCUGGCGUAUCAAACAAAUAGCAGGGACAUCUGUGUGAGGCUGCCAUCUACCAAAGGGUUUAUCCAUUAGUGACUAGUAAAGAUAUUUCUCUGGUAUGUCAAAGUUGGAUUCAUUUUAAUGCAGAGUGUUGAACUGUGGACUGAGACCGAUGAUAGUGUAUACAAUCACCGUGGAGGAACUUGUAAACCAGAUUUGGAAGUGAAGGAUUGUUAGGGAAGUGUAGUCCGGACCAUCACUGUCAAAACAUUGUGUUUAUGCCUAACCAUUGCAGUGGGGCUCAAUGAACAAUGACCCUACAUUGUAAGAUUCUAAGGCAAUAGUGGAGUUUCCAUGUGGCUUUUGUAAGUAUUCACAUUUGUAGACACACAGGGAGUUGUCAAAUUACUGUCUAUGACUGGGCUUUAAAAUGUCUCUUCAAAUCACAGGGUAUUAUGGGGUAUUGGUUGCACAACAUUACUUACCACAAGCAGAAUAUCCUAGCCUGGAUAGUGUAACACCAAACCCCAUCUUAGUCUUGCCUAAACAAACACAUUGUCAUCUACUGUAAGUAUGGUCAUGGAGCAGAAAGCCAGUUUUUUGUGUGUUUUUUUUCAAAUUGUGUAAAAGGGUUGCAAAUUAGAGCAAGUUCUGUGUUGAACGUUGGGACAUUUUUUUCUCCCCCACAGAGAUCAUUGCAAAUUGAUGAAGUUGGUAUUAGUUGGUAAUGAGUAGCAAGAGAUUAUCCAAUGUGUCAUUAUUGUUCUGUUAUAACGUUUUAGCAUUUUCCUAAUAGUGAARUAUUGUUUUUACUAACAUCUUGUGAACUGUCCCUCAACUGUUCAUUAUCUUUGCCUAUCACCUUCUGGUUGCUUCCAUAGGUUUUGUUUUAUGUAUUUAUUUGAUGCUCAUCAACUCCUUUUGGUAGCCUAAUAGUAAUACACGGGUAUCUUCCCUCAAGGUCCUACAAGGAUGCUUAUCUAGAGAACUUGAACUGUCUUGACAUACCCAAAGUGCCUUAUUGAAGUCAAAUGUUAUUGCUUUUAAGCUCUGAUGUUUUAUAGCAGAUUUGAGAAGUUACAAUUAUUUUUUUAUGUACUCAAUGCGAUACAUCAAUUCAAAAUGUAGUCUUGUCAGUAUCAGGAUUUUGUUUUGGUUAUCAGUUAGGGAUGUUCCUAGAUGAGUAGAUCUACAACUUUAGUGCAAUUACACCAACUCUGAUUGAGACAGCUAUGCCAUCUGCAGGAUAGAGAAAGUGCUGCACAUAACCAGAAUUAUUAGUUUGAUAACAGCCCCACCUAGACGUGGUGGCGUGUAAUGACACCACUGCUCUCCAAGUGUCCCUUGAACAGCCCCAAGCAGUCCAUCACCCCAUGCUGUGAUGCCAGGUAGCGUUUCCUCCGGUUGGGCUUGGUGGGUACCAGCAUCUGGACAUGUCAACGGUGUUUCCUCCUUGUAUUUCAUUGCCUCUCGCUGGGAUUUAUUGGGGCAGAGGCUGGUCAGACUCCUGGCCUUGGUCUUUUUGCCGUUGUAACCCUUGAAUAUGGGUUUGGACUGUGUGGAGGAGUCUUUGAUGACCUGUUGCUGCUCAGUGUUGGUGUGUUCUGUUGCUGCUCAGUGUAGGUGUGUUAAUCUGCUGUGAGUGCAGGAUGGCAAAUUGGGUGAAGUUGUUUUGAUUUCACAGCACUAUCACUCAACACAUCUGUGUUUAAAAAAAAAAAAAAAAUUAAAAAUGAAGCUUUAAGCUAAUCAUUGUUUUAUUAAGAGUUGACAGGUAGCCUUGCGGUUAACUGCGUUGGACCAGUAACCGAAAGAUCGCUGGUUCGCAUCCCAGAGCCRACUAGGUGAAAAAUCUGCCGGUGCCUUUGAGCAAGGCACUUAACGCUAAUUGCUCCUGUAAGUCGCUCUGGGUAAGAGCGUCUGCUAAAUUACUGAAAUGUAAAAAUGUGCAGUACGUAUAAGUUGCUCCACAAUUGUCUUGGUUGCUAAAAUUAUAAGUUAACCUAAUUUCCGUUUGACAAAACAAUGCAUAGUGUUGAGAAUCAUUGUACCAUC